ACUGACUUUAAACCGUGUGGAACACCAUGCCAAGCCCCGGACGGACGUUUCGUUAGUAUUUUCCAGGAUCUGAAGAAGGCACACUGCCCUGUUUACAUGUUACACAUGGCCUGCUGUGCCCCUCCCCCGGCCUCGCUCCUCUCGACCCGCUGCCAAAAUAUGUGAAAGUCAAUCCAAGCGCUGCCGCUCAGCGAGCAUGUUAUUUAAAACUGGACACCAUCAUGGCAGGGGUACCGAGCGAGGAUCCACCCUUUAAUCCGUGAAAACAGCCCUUCUCUGCGCUAACCCCAGCUCCUGAUUUUUCGGGUUUUUCGUCCAGUGUCGAGAUGUCGCUCCCGGUGGUGCUGCCGGGGUCUUGCUGUCCGGUUACCGGGGCUUCGCAGCUCGCAGAGCCGCCUCACCGAAACCGACCCCGUGGCUUGUCCGCCUCUUCCCGGAUCGCCGGCGGUGGCUCUCGGCUGCUGCUGCCCGGGCGGCCGCUGCUCUCGCUGGGCUUGUUGCAGCUGCUGCUCGGCGGCUCCAUGGUGGCGCUGUCCUUUGGAGCUCUGUCCCUCAGCAACUCGCCCCCCAUCCGAAACUCCUGUCCCUUCUGGGCAGGCUCCUCGGUCAUUCUGUCAGGCAUCGUAGGUCUUACGACAUGGAGAAGGCCCAUGCUUCUACUGGUCAAUGUGUUUGUCCUGCUGUCUGUGGUGUGUGUGCUCCUUAAUCUGGCUGGAUUCAUCCUGUGCUGCCAGGGAGCCCAGCUGGUUUCCAGUAUGACCAGCUGCCAACUGAGUGAGGCGGGGGAUGUGUGUUACUGCUGCUCCCUCUCCCCCAGCUCCAAAUGUCCUGAGGAGAAGCUGCUGGAGCUCCACCCUGCGCACUCCUGCAGCACCAUGAGGAUCCUGCUGAAGAAAGUGUUGUUUGCACUGUGCGCCCUGAACGCUCUGACCACAGCUGUGUGCCUCAUGGCAGCUGCCCUGAGAUACCUGCAGAUCUUCACCACGAGAACACCCUGCAUGGACGAGCCCAGGGCCACAGUGGAAGAAAGGGAGGAGCCUGCUCAGGUCCCGGACCCAGAUGAGUUUGUGGCUCCAGCCCCUCCCCCCUCCUACUUCUCCACUUUCUACUCAUACACGCCUCGCCUGGCUCGCCGCAUGCUCGGGGACAGCGUGAUCCCUCUCCCUCACAUCUACGGGGCUCGGAUCAAAGGAGUGGAGGUCUUCUGUCCGUUAGACCCCCCGCCUCCAUAUGAGGCUGUUGCUGGAAGUGCCGCCAAUGCAGUCACACAGGAGACAGAGAUUGCUCUGACAGACGUGGCUAUGAACCCGACUACCUCUCCACCAGGAGCGUCUGCACGAGACACAAGUGCCCAAACAGUAUCAGCGUCACCAGGCAUCCUUCCGCAGGCCAAGCCCCAGCUUCCUCCUCCUCCUCCUCCUCCUCCUCCUCCUCCUCAGCAGCAGCAGCACGCUCCAGCACUGAUUCCCUGGAGGAAAGCAAGGAUACACCGCUCCAACAGUGACCCAGUACUGAUGGACCUCGUUGCCAAAGUGCAGAGCAGCAGCGACGCUCCCCUCGCUCCCUCCCCUCAGACCACAGAUUCUUCCACCCAGACGUCGCAGCCCACGCUGGCCGCCCACACCCAAGGCCAUGUCACGCUGCGACGGGGCAACAACGACAGCAGGACGCCCCGCCGGCCCCGGCCCUCGUCCAUGGUGGACUACCAGAGCUACCGACACACACAGCAGCUGGUCAGGAGGAUCCUGGAGCAGCCGGCGGCCCAGGGCCUGGCCCCCGAGGUCCAGGAGCUGGUGGACAGCAUACGAAAUGUCCUGCAGUCUGAUCAGGAGCACAUGGAGGAGGCUGUACGCUGUGCCAGUUUCAUAGAACAGGUAUUCACUGGCUCAGAAAUGGCCCCCGGUCAGCCUAGACCUCCUCAGCAGCAGCAGCCAGAAAGCAGUUCCUCUCAGACUUUCCCCCGCCCCCCCAGGAGGAGGCCUGGUCUGCUGCACCUGCAGAGCUGCGGGGACCUCAGCUCCUUCACCUGUGCUGCGCUGGAGUCCGUGGAACGCCGAGGAAACAGUAGAAAAGUGGGGUCGACAGCGGGCUCCAGAGCGGGUUCAAGGGCGGGGUCAAGGACAGGGUCCCGCCUGGAUCAUCCCGAACGGCCUCACAGUCUGAUCGGAGUCUUUAGGGAGACGGUGCUUUGAGGGGAAACCAGUAAAAUACGUUGGCAGCACAGUUGGAUGCUGCCCUACCUGUUGCUCAACUUCAAGAGAAAGCUACUAUAAUCCAACCACUGAUGAGUAUCUGUGGGGGCGUGCGUUUGUGUGUGUGUGUGUGUGUGUGUGUGUGUGUGUGUGAGUAUGUAUGAGUCCAGUUUUUUAAAAAGAGUUUUGUUCCUCUAAUGCUGUUUUUGUGACACUUUGUGAACUACAGAAAAAACGGGCACAGUGUACCCAGCAUCCAGUGUUUUGUAUGCUUUCUACGCCUUGAUUGAGAUUUUAACAAUGUAACAAGUUUUCAUUUGUUCCAAUCAACUCAAUACAGCUAUACAUGAAAGCAGUUCUUUGACAUGUAUCUUGUAUUUAAUGGUCAGAUGCAUUGGCGUCAACAUUUUCAGAUAUUGAUAAAACAA